CAUUCAAUUGCACAACAUGUACCCAUCUUACUAUUAUCCUUCUAGUUUCUGUGGGGCAUAUGCAACAAACUUCUCCAAUUUGUGGUUCAAUAGAAGAGGUACCUCAAUUGAGCCAUUCUCUGAUCCUCCAAAGUCCACUUCAAGUGUUAUGGCAAACUUUGGAACUACACAUAGAACACCCACCACUACCACUACACCUUCACCACCCUCCUUAGACCCUUAUGAACCAAAAGCGCCUCAUGAAAAGUUAUACACUGAUUUCAAAAUCUACUGGCCCUUCACCACGCCCUUGACUUCAGAAGCUGCAGCAAUUCGUGUCAUCAGAAACUUGGAGAAUCUUGGCUUGUACUACACACUCUUUGUGUGGAUCAUACUCUUCAUAGUCCUCAUUCCUCAUCGUAAGUCGUCAUUGAUUUUGUUGGUCAUCAUGACCUAUGUGAUAGUUCUUUAUUGUUUAGUUCUAAGGGCACACCCCAAAUCUGUUUUCCUUCAUAGAACCAUAGAUAAAAAGUUUGUGUUGGCUUUGCUAGUGUUUGCGACAUUUGUGCAGCUGAUUUUGACUGAGGCAGGGAUUCAGCUUGCUGUGACUUUGGCUUGUGCUGUGCCUUUUCUUUUGGUGCAUGCAGUUUUUUGGGUUAGUCAUCAUGGCUUUGAGAUUGAGGAUGAUUCUGAUACCAAAGAAAUGGCUCCUCUUGUUGGCCAUAAUAGAUGUACAUGUGGAGCCAAGGGUAGUCUAGAGAAUGUUUAAUGUUUGAUUUUGGUUGUACAUACUGCAUAGUCCACUUCAUACUUUUAAAUUGCAAGUUAAAAGGAAUUGUUCAUACUU